UAUGACAAAAGAAUUCACCCCAUUUCCUUUUUCACUUUUCUAAAUUUUCCAGAAGAACUGGUGACCACCCCAAUUCUUCAGGCCACUGAAGCCCUGUCCCCAGAAGCCGAGGCCAGCACAGCACUCAUUGCAGUUGUUAUCACCGUGGUCUUCCUCACCCUGCUCUCAGUCGUGGUCUUGAUCUUCUUUUACCUGUACAAGAACAAAGGCAGCUACAUCACCUACGAACCUGCAGAAGGCGAGCCCAGCGCCAUCCUCCAAAUGGAAAGUGACUCAGCCAAGGGCAGGGACAAGGAGGAAUAUUUCAUCUAAUGAUUCCUGGGCCCCAAGGAGCUUCUCCAGGCUCCAGUGCUAACACACUAUUAGGUGAAAGUUUUAUCUGAAACCGGUGAGAAGCAUUGAUUGAUAUGGGCAAACCCGAGCUCCUUCUAGGACACAGGCCCAAAUGCCAACAUCACUGAUGCCAGGGACACAGAGAAAGCUGUUGAUGAUGUCUUUAGCGAGGCCUUUGUAGUCUAGCUGGUUUCGGUGGCUGCCCAACAAGGUGGAGCAACACCAGGCCACAUGAGCCCGGUCAUCUUCACUUUUUUCAAGGUCGAAGGGAAGGAGAGUUAGGGUCGCUGGCUGCUCCUCUGUCCCCUACCUGGUCUGCUAGUGACAGCUGGAACAGAGAUAGUGUCUGUAGAAGUUCUUCCCAGGUGCUGGAAAGCAUGGUAAAAGGCCAAGCGGGGAGGGGCAGGAGACUAUGGAGACCCCACCCCCUGAUGAAUGUGCUAUAUCUCCUAAUCUGAGCCCUUCCUUUCCAUAUUCCCCAACAACCUUAUACUGAUGCUAUUUUUAUCACAAUUAAAAAUGUUCAUUGAUACAGAAA